CAUAACGUGGACGUCAUGGUCAAGCUAAGGAUUAAUAGUUCUGUGGCCACGGGACUUCUGGUGAUUCAAACCGUAUUCCUGCUCGUCUUGUACUCAAGGCAGAGCAUUCACUUAUCGGAUACAGAUGGCAAGGAGAGAGUCCACCUCCUCAUCCUGUCCUCCUGGAGGUCAGGGUCUUCUUUUGUUGGACAAAUCUUCAGUCAGCAUCCAGAUGUCUUCUACUUGAUGGAGCCUGCCUGGCACGUGUGGGUGACCAUGUAUCAGAACAGUGCCACGGUUCUCCACAUGGCAGUGAGGGAUCUUAUAAGAUCAGUGUUCCUGUGCGACAUGUCUGUUUUUGACUCCUAUAUGCCAAAAGAGAGGAACAUUUCUCAACUCUUCCAGUGGGCCACCAGCAGAGCCUUAUGUUCGCUCCCGGCCUGCAAGUACUUUCCCCGUGAUGAGAUCACCAAUGAAAGGGCCUGCAAGAUCCUCUGUGGAAAAUAUCCCUUUCACAACGUUGAACGGGCCUGCAACAUGUAUAGUCACGUGGUGAUAAAAGAGGUCCGCUUUUUUGACUUGAAAGUGCUGUAUCCGCUUCUUACUGACCCUUCCUUGAAUCUGAAGAUCCUCCAUUUGGUCCGGGAUCCUAGAGCGAUGGCAAAAUCUCGGGAGCAGUCGAAAAAAGCGUUAACAAGAGACAAUGGGAUUGUCCUCAACACCAAUGGGACCAAGGUGGACGACAGCAAGUAUCAGGUGAUCCAGGAAAUCUGCCGAAGUCAUGUCCAGAUAUAUGAAACGGCGGCAUACAAGGCUCCCAGCUUCCUCAAGGACCGAUAUAUGCUGGUAAGGUACGAGGACGUGGUUCGAGAUCCCUUACGAGAGAUCUCCAAGAUGUAUAAAUUUGCUGAACUGAAACCUACGAGCAAGCUUGAGAAGUGGAUCUACAACAUCACGAAUGGUCGAAGCUCAGGAAAUCAGAAAGAAGCCUUCACAAUCACAUCUCGCAAUGCAGUCAACGUUUCUCAGGCUUGGAGGAACGUUCUCUCCUUCGAGAAGGUGAAAAUGAUACAGGACGUAUGCAAAGGGGCUAUGAAUAUGCUCGGGUACCAAGCUGUAGACUCUGAGGAGGAACAGAAAGACUUAAACCAUGAAGUUGUGUUGCCGAGGAGACAGUAUCAGUUCAGCUGGUCAUAGUUUCCCCACGUAAAAUGACUUUUGCAGGAUUACCUUUUUUUUUUUUUGAGUAUUUAUUAAUGUUAUCUUUAUGCACUGUGAAAAACAUUUUUGUUUGCGGUUUUUGAGAUGGAGAGGAUGAAAACAGAGGAGACUGCUUGUACUAACUAAAUACAAUGAAACCUAUGUGAAGACGUUAAAUCUUUAAUUUAAAUAAUUCUCGUUUUCCUAAUGUAUGAAACUCAGAGAUGG